AUGUGGUCGAGUAUGUUGUACAUUUUUCUACUCGGUGGUAGUUUAGUGUCAGCAAGAAUUCCUGAUUGGAUUCAGUGUCAAUCAGGAAGUGAAUAUACUAUUCCAGAUGAUAAAUAUUGCGACAAAUAUUAUAUUUGCAAAGAGAAUCAAGUAAUUGAAAAAUUCUGUGAGGACGGAUUCGGAUUCGUGCCAUAUGAAGGAUGCAAAUUGCUUCACCAGGUCGGAUGUGGACCUCGAAAUCUUCUACAGGAACCAAAAGGAAAUGAUGUAUGUCCUCGAAUGUACGGAUAUUACCCAGCUAAAGAGGGUUGUGGACAUUUUUUUAAAUGUUACAAGGGUAUUCCUGAGCUGGACGCGUGUCCUCCAGGUCAGAUGUACGAUGAGGUGAGGGUAGAAUGCCGCCACCCUACACUGGACGAAAAAAUAACCUGCAAAAGUUCUUGGGCAGAACGAAACAAAAAAGUUUUCUUAGACAGUGUACAGAGUGUAGACGAUUUACGCACAAUGGACAAUAAGCAAAUCGAAUUGGUACCUGAUCCAGAUGCUUUUAAAUGUCCUCCUAUGGAUGAUUAUCCAUAUGGUCAUCAUUCCCGUCAACCAAUUCCAGGACAAUGUAAAUAUUUCUUGUUGUGCAUCAGUGAUGGGACAAAGAAGCUGAGUGGAUGUCCUGAUGGACAAGGUUUUAAUUCGAAAACGACGAUCUGUGAGGACGCAAGGAAUAUCCCAGGGUGCGAAAGUAAUAAAUGAAUAAAUCAUAUG